GCGGCACCCUUGUUCGUAGGUACCUGCCCAGCCGGUGGAGGCGAGAGAAGUUACCCGGGCGCUUGGUAGUACACUUGACAUGACAGACCCAGAUAUUCUCACUGAAGUCCCAGCCACUCUGAAACGUCUUGCCAAGUAUGUGGUACGUGGUUUCUAUGGUACGGAGCAUGCUUUGGCCCUUGACAUUCUAAUUCGGAAUCCAUGUGUGAAAGAGGAGGACAUGUUGGAGUUGCUCAAGUUUGAUCGGAAGCAGCUCCGAGCUAUUCUCAACACUCUAAAGGGUGACAAGUUCAUCAAAUGCAGGAUGAGAGUGGAGACAGCACCAGAUGGCAAGACUACCCGGCACAACUUCUAUUUUAUCAAUUAUCGUCUUCUGGUCAAUGUGGUUAAGUACAAGUUAGACCACAUGAGAAGGAGGAUUGAGACUGAUGAAAGAGAUUCCACCAACCGAGCCUCCUUCAGAUGUCCCAUUUGUUGCAGCACCUUCACAGACUUGGAGGCAAAUCAGUUGUUUGAUCCAAUGACAGGAAUUUUUCGCUGUACUUUUUGUGAGACCGAAGUGGAGGAAGAUGAGUCAGCAAUGCCCAAAAAGGAUGCGCGGACACUUGUGGCACGGUUUAAUGAACAAAUAGAGCCUAUCUAUGCACUGCUCCGUGAAACUGAGGAUGUCAACCUAGCCUAUGAACUACUUGAACCUGAGCCUAUGGAGAUUCUUGCACUGAAGCAGAGCAAGGAGCGGACCAUUGGUGCAUUGGGAAACAGUGGUUUAUCAAGUGGGCCACACAGAGAAGCCUGGGCCAGUAAGGGACCCUCUUAUGAGGACUUGUAUACACAGAAUGUAAUCAUCAGCAUGGAGGACCGGGAAGAUCUGCAUCAGCCAACAAACGAAGGGAAGCCACCCAGAGAGAGACCGAUUUGGCUGCGGGAGAGCACUGUGCAAGGUGCUUUUGAUCCUGAUGAGGUCAAAGAAGGUGGUCAAGACACAGAUAUGUUACAUGAAGGAGAAGAGGGUCAGGCUGCCUUAGAUAAUAAUGAGGAGGUUAUGCGUGCUCUGCUUAUCCAUGAAAAGAAAACCACCUCGGCCUCUGUGGCUGCCAUGGGAGGGAUUACUCCACUGCCUAACACCAAUGCCAGUGAUUCUGAGAGUGAGACAAGUGAAUCAGAUGAGGACUCCCCCCUACAUGGUGGAGCCACUGCGGCUACAACUCUUUAUGGCCUGACUGAAGAUGAUGAUGACGACGAGUUUGAGGUAGUGACAGAGGACCCCACUGUCAUGGUGGCAGGAUGCCCAUUUUCUUACAGUCAGGUAAACCAGCGGCCUGAGCUGGUGGCGCAGAUGACUGUAGAGGAGAAAGAACAGUAUAUAGCUAUGGGCCAGCGUAUGUUUGAGGACAUGUUUGACUAGCAUCCUUCUGCCUGGGUGGAAUGUAUACAUUAUCUUCAACUGGAAUAGAGCAAAAACCUGAAUUAUAGGGCCCCCUUUUUCAUUGAAUUCAGUCAUUCUUUACAGCCAAACAGAGAAACUCACUUAAAGUUUCCAAAGAUUAGAAAAGAGGUGGCUAGCCUUUAAGUGGUAGUACAGCCCUCCAAAUGUGUUAGACUACAACUUGCAUCAUCUCCGAACAUUUGCCAUGCUAAGAUUUGUAGUCCAAAACACCUGCAGCUUUGGGGAAGUAUACUGUGUAUAGUAUUGUAUAGUAUAGUAUACUGUUUAUUAAUAUGUAAGAGCUUGCAUGGAAAUGUAAAUGCAGUCUCGCAUGCAUGCAUGCACAGUCUCUUCUGUGCUUUAUCUGCGCAUUUCUAGAACCUGUUCAUUGUCUUUUAUUUAGUUGUUUGUUUUGAUCUUAGCGAUCUGAAUGUUCCUUUGGUUGGAGGUUUUGUUUUUUUGUUUUUUGUUUGGUCUUGUAAGAGGUUACAGAAGGCAUAAUCUUGAGUUUCCUAGAUUGUGAGAGUGACUGUUAGUAGAACUUCUGAAAAUAAUAUAUGAAAAUUGCUGUUCCACAACUGAAUGUGAUCUGGUCAUAAAUAUGUAUUGCCUUGCAAGCAUGGUAAAUAUGUGGAGAUCUUUUUUUUCCUACUUUCCAGACUAAGAGGAUAUUUAUAUUGCCCUCCGUGUAUCCAUUUCCACAAGAAAGAAAAUUUGUAACCACAGUGAACAUAUGUACAAUCAUGUUAACCACAGACUAUUUGGCCACCACGGUGUUUGAAAAUAGGUUUUUUGGAGAGGAAGGUACACUGGAGACAAGGAGACAGUUCGGUUAUUGUAGAAUGUGUCUCAAAGAAUAUCCUCUUACAGAGCCCUGGUAAAGUAAUCUUGCAAAAUGUGUUUUUCAUUCAGUAUAUGUCAGUGUCACAUCUUGUGGCUAACAUGACCAAAUUCCUGGCUUCAUGUAAUCACUUAACCUGCAAUGCUAUAAUUUUCAAAUGAAAGGACUUGAUUUUCAAAUGUAACUUGACUCUAAUUCUUGCACUUCUUCCAGAAUAGCUCUUAUGUUUCCCAUUGGUGGAUUUAACCACAGAUUAAAUUUGAGCCACAGCUUAGCCUCCAGAAAGAUUGGAGCCAAACUGUCCAUGUCACACAGUCCAUGUUGAACAAAUCCUUGUCCUCUGCAUAGACCUACUACAAAAGUACUAGGAAGGCAUUUGGACUGCCCUUUUCCAUUUCUGGACUUUAUGUGGAAGAAUGCAUUUGCCAUUAAUUAAAACUGACAUCCAAGUAACUUUGAGGGAGGUAUUUUUCAGUGCAAACAAAAGAGUUGUAGCAUUUUUAGAUGAUUAUGUAGAAUUUUGCAGCAUGCAAGUAUUUUGCAUGGCACACUAUUUUAGUAUUUCCAGCAACAUCCCACAUGAGCAAACUAUUUGGUAAUGUUUUAUGCUUUAAAAACAUGCAUAGUUUUUUAAAAAAUCAUUGUAUCUUAUUGGUUUUCAUGGUAGAGUAGUAAAACAAUUGUGUAUUUUUACACUAUCAUUUCCAUUCCGCAUUCUGUUUUAAUUGGUACUGUAAAUGAUAAAACUCCAGUUUAUUGACCAUGUAUGCUUUCUUACACCUGUAAGGUUUCUUUUAUGAAUUUAUUUUCAAAGCCUUUGAUAGAUACGCUUAAAUUUGUUUCUUCUAUCUUAAAAUAAAAAGAAACAAAUAAUACGAUGCUUCAAUCCAAGAAUUUCACUGA